UGGCUUUAGCAUUCAGCCACAGGGGGCCUGAGAAAACGGCAGCUCUGGAGAACUUCUGGCCUACAUGCGGAUUAUCUGUGACAUCCUCCCAGAUGUUGGGGCAUCAGCACGCGCUGCUCAUCAUUUGCACAUAAACCUUUGCUGUCUUAUCUGCUGUGGAGAACAGUUAAGAAGUUUUAUUUUAUGGCUGCAAAACGGAUAUGGAUAUUUGCCUCCACAGUUCGGCAUCUGCACAUUGAAAACCUCAUGAAGCAGAUGAAAAUGAAGAAGGAAGGUAUUAGUUUUUAUAUUUCAGGCUGACUGUUAUUCAUCUGAGCGAAUGGCAUUGAUAAGACGACGUUAAUCAUGACAAAGGGUGCUUUAAAUGUCGGACAUCUCACUGGGUGACAUAAAAUAUGACAAAGAGCGAUUAAAAGUGAUGGAGAGCUCCGGUCAAGUCGAGCCAACUCAGCCGGCGAACACCACGAACGACAGUUUUAUCACAGAUCCAUCCACUGUGGAAGUCAGCGCAGGAAGUCUCGUUUAUCAGAUCAGUCUGGCGGCGAUUCUCUCCGUUAUCACACUCGCCACCACUUUAUCCAACGCGUUCGUCAUCGCGACAAUCUCCCAGUCGAAGAAGCUGCAAACUCCUGCGAACUUUCUGAUCGCCUCUCUGGCCAUCACGGACCUGCUGGUGUCCAUUCUGGUGAUGCCCAUCUGCGUCCUGUACACGGUCAUCCACACCUGGACGCUGGGGCAAAUCGUAUGCGACAUCUGGCUCUCCUCGGACAUAACGUGCUGUACGGCGUCCAUCCUCCACUUGUGCGUAAUCGCUUUGGAUAGGUACUGGGCCAUCACGGACGCGGUGGAGUACUCCAAAAAGCGCACGCCAGGACGCGCGGCCGGUAUGGUAGCCAUAGCCUGGGUCAUCGCCGUCUCUAUCUCCCUGCCGCCUCUAUUCUGGAGGCAGGUGAAGGCGGAAGAGCUGACCAGCUGCAGCGUCAACACUGAUCAUAUUUUCUACACCAUCUACUCCACCUUUGGGGCUUUCUACAUCCCCACCUUGCUGCUUCUUGUCCUCUAUGGACGGAUAUACGUCGAGGCCAGGAAACGGAUCUUGAAGCAGUCCCCCAAAAAGGUGGGGAAGAGACUCACCUCGGCGCACCUGGUCACCAACUCCCCUGGAUCCGUGGCGUCCACAACUUCUCUGCAGUGCGGGAGGCACGACACGCCGUCCAGCGACACCGGGUCUUGUACAAGCGAGAACCAGGUGAAAGUGACGGUGUCGGACGCGCUUUUGGAGAAAAAACGCAUUUCAGCAGCCAGAGAAAGAAAAGCGACAAAGACCUUGGGGAUAAUCCUCGGCGCUUAUAUCGUUUGUUGGCUGCCGUUUUUCAUUUACACGUUGGUCGUGGCCACAUGUGACACAUGUUUUAACCCCGAGUUAUUCGACUUUUUCACCUGGUUGGGAUACCUGAACUCCCUCAUCAACCCGAUCAUAUACACGAUGUUCAAUGAAGACUUCAAGAAAGCUUUCCAUAAACUCGUGCGCUUCAGAUGCUGCAGGUCGUGAACACAUCAGUGUCCGAUGAGAUGUGUUUAUGUCGUGGAUAUCAAAGUUCUAAAAUACAUGAGAAUAUAAAAAUAGCAAGAUUGCCGAAAGGAUUUAAUUUGUGGGAUUUCAAGACCAUUAUAAUUGGUGCAUGCUAAGAGAAAAAAUAAACAUCCAUCUUAAAUCGGAAAUUUGAAAUUUUCUGUUUUUCUAAACAAAUAAAUAAAAGCAGGAAAAAUACGUCCAGAUAAUGUUCGUGGAUUUAGAGCUCAGACAACUGUGUGUUUUCGCAAAACUACACGAUUUAAUAUUGAAUAUAAAGCUAACGUGAAGAUGGUGGACAAAACCGACUUUACGCACCACAUCAAAUCACUUGAACUUGUGAUACAAGCUCUUCUCGAUGGGCACAUUCGCUUUGCUGUGGGAGAAAUAUCACGACUGGUUGCUGGUAUUCUGCGUGGAAUGUUUUUUUUGGACGGUAGCAUUAAAGCAAUGCAGAGCGCCUUGUUCCCCUGUGACUUCUGAUCCAUUACAGCGAGUAUAAGCACGGACAUCUCACAUUUUAAGUCAACAAAAUAAAAAUGUGGCCACCCGGGACACUUUCUGCAUUAUGUGUACAAAUAUGGCAGUUUUGUUUUUAAAACUGAGAGAUCGACAAUACACCCGUGUAUUCUGAGAAACGAUAACAAAUUUUUAUUAUGGCAAUGGACCGCUUGCUGCUGCCCUGUAUGGUUAUCUUAUUUAUUUAGAAAAGAAAAGAUUCAUAUCAGAAUCAAACAAAGAAACUGUAGCUGAUAUUUACCCAGCGGAACUGAAAGGUGAUCAUAAGUUUAAUUUUGCAGAGCAAACACCACCUUCUGUGUGCGCGGGUCUGUUUGCAGCCACAUUAAAUCUGUAUCUACACUAUUUCAUGUUCAUGUGUGAAACAGCUUACCAUCUUAUGGCUACAGAGACUGAUCUGAAUAGUAUAUUCUGGUCUGCUGUGCUAAAAACAAAUAUAAUGCUGAGGAUUUGUCAGCAUUAUGUGAAAUAAAGUUAUGCUGUUCUAGGAAUUUAUCUGUUUCCAUGCAGAGAUGCUGUGCAAUAAAGACUUUAAAGUA